AACAAAAAAAAAGAUAUGGCUCUCAAACAAGGCUUCGAGGUGAAGGUAACCUUGACAGAGGUAGUUGCUGCAGUGCUUCCGAUGCAAGAACAUUGGUUGCCGCUGUCCAACCUCGACUUGCUUUUGCCUCCUGUCGAUGUCGGUGUCUUCUUCUGCUACAAGAACCCCUCUUCAGCUGCCACCACAUUCGGGUCCAUGACCAGCGCUCUUAAGAAAGCACUAGCCCAAACAUUGGUUUCCUAUUACGCUUUUGCGGGGGAAAUGGUGCAAAAUCCUUCAGGGGAGCCUGAGCUUCUAUGCAAUAAUCGUGGGGUGGACUUUGUUGAAGCAUUUGCUGAUAUUGAGCUUCGAGAGCUCGACUUGUACAAUCCUGAUGAGAGCAUCGAAGGUAAACUUGUGCCCCAAAAGGAGCAAGGCGUGCUCUCUGUUCAGGCAACUCAACUCAAGUGCGGAGGACUGGUGAUAGGAUGCACGUUUGACCAUCGGGUUGCCGAUGCCUACUCGGCCAACAUGUUUUUGGUGUCAUGGGCGGAAAUGGCUCAGUCCAAGCCGGUAACUACGCUUCCUUCACACCGGCGGUCACUGCUCUCUUCUCGCCGGCCAGGGCACUUCGACAUUUCAAUUAACGACAUGUACAUGAAAAUAUCACAAAUGCCACCUCCAGACAAAGAAUUAAAUGACCACAUUAAUAAUAAUCAGGCACCAAUAAGUCGCAUCUAUUAUGUCAAGGCCGAACAGGUCCACCAACUGCAAUCGCUAGCCAAUGACGAUAAACGGGGUAGUAAAAAAUUUGUAAGGACUAAGCUUGAGGCCUUCACUGCCUUCCUCUGGAAAUUAAUUGCCAAAGGGACAGAUGCAGGGGACAAAUAUUGCAGGCUAGGAAUCGUGGUUGACGGAAGGACUAGAUUGAAUGAUGGAGACGAAUCGAUGAUGAAUAAAUAUUUUGGAAAUGUUUUAUCUAUCCCAUUUGGCGAAAAGAGAAACAAGGAGCUGAAAGAGAUGAAUUUAAGUAUGAUAGCCGAUGAAGUCCACAAUUUUCUUGACGGGGCAGUGACAAGAGAACAUUUUCUGGGGCUGAUUGAUUACGUGGAGGCUCAUCGUCCUGAACCGGCAUUUUCCAGAAUUUAUGGUUCUAAAGUAACCAGAGAAGAACCGGCAUUUGUGGUGUCAUCAGGGCAGCAGUUUCCUAUAAGAAAGAUAGACUUCGGGUGGGGUGUGCCAGUAUUUGGUUCGUACCACUUUCCAUGGGGAGCACAAUCGGGCUUUGUAAUGCCAAUGCCCUGUGCAUCUGGAAAUGGAGAUUGGAUUGUUUACAUGCACCUUCGUCAAGAGCAGAUAGAAGUGAUAGAGCUUAACGCACCACAUGUUUUUAGACCUUUCAGCCAUGAUUAUCUCUGAUCAGCUCCAUCUGAUUUUCCACUGGAUUAAUUGGCUCGCUACAAUUGAUCAGACACAAGUUAUGUAUUAAUUUGAGUUCUUUUAAUGG